CUCACAAUGUUGGCAGUGUUACUUCUGGCUGUUGUAGCAGUCCACUCUGCCCCUCGAUGGGAUAUCAACCUGGAUGCAGACUGUAAUGAAGUCUACAACAUCUCGCAAGCAAGUGGCGUCUACCCCAUCUACCCCUUUUUGACACCUGUUCAGGUGUACUGUGACAUGAACACGGAUGGAGGCAAGUGGACUGUGAUAAUCCAGAGGAGGAUAGAUGGAUCUCUGAACUUCUACAGACCCUGGAACCAGUACAAAGUUGGUUUUGGAAACCCAGAGGGAGAAUACUGGCUAGGACUGGAGAACAUCCACCUUCUCACUAAGAGGAGGAAGUAUGAGCUGAGGGUAGACAUGGAGGACUUUGAAGGAAACAGUGUGUUUGCCAUGUACUCUUCCUUCUUUUUGGACUCUGAGGCAGACGGAUACAAGCUACAUGUCACUGGAUUCACCAACGGAGGAGCAGGUGACUCACUGGCCUAUCAUAGCGGGUUGAUGUUCAGCACCUUCGACAAAGACCAGGACACUUGGUCUGACAACUGUGCAGCUACUUACUAUGGGACAUUUUGGUAUGGUUCUUGUCACUACGCUAACAUCAAUGAAGAGUACCUAUGGGGAACCACCAAACAUACCGCUACAAGUGUCAAUUGGAAUCACUGGAAAGGUUAUCAUUAUUCUCUGAAAGCUGUCUCUAUGAAGAUUAGACCAGUGCCUUAGACCAGUGGGGUAGAUACCUUUGAUAAACAGCCACAUAUAACUCUUUAUUUACUUGUUGAUUACAAUUUUGAACAGUAGGCCGGCUAAGUCAUUGAUCCAACUUUCUGGAACAUCCCCCAGUGUAGAGAAGCUGCAGCCAGCAGGGUCUCCCAAUGUGUAUAGCAGGGGCUUGGAACACACUACUCUGACAUUAUGUUGUUAAUCAGACAAUCAGCCAAUCAUAGCGCCCUGUCCCAGAUUAGAGUGAAAUGUAGGAUAUCAGGGCUGUUCAGUUUUAUAUACACUGUCUGUUAUGUAUGCUAUGAGUGUUUCUGAUCUGACCAGAUUUAAUUAAUGUUGUUAUGUUUAUCAACUGUCACAAACAUUGGACUCGCUCCAGGCCUACUACAUUCCAGACACCUGCCAGAUCUCACAACGCCUGGAUAUGAAUUUCAUAGCGACCCUGUGUCUGAUGCUAGUACAGUAGUUGAACAGUAGUUGAUGCAAUGCAAUGACUGCAAUGUAAUCAGCCUGGAAUGAGGCCAAUGUUACAAUAUAAGGUAUGCAGUGUAUGUGUGUGUGUGUGGUAGCAAAAGGCAUUAUGUUUAA